AAGUUUUAGAUUUGUAAUAAAUUAACUCUUAACCUCUCCGCCGCCGACUAAAAAAGAAUAUCUUGUAAAUUGAGAUUGAUAAGUUGGAUUUAGAUUUAAGUUAACAAUAGGCGCAUUUGAGUUGAGUUGGUGCAAAGUGAAGUCAAACGGUAAAACAGUAAAAGAAAGCGAUCCAGAAACGAAGUGGUGUUAGAAAGCAGAUCCGCAUUGAGAUGGUUAUGGCGAAGGUGAAGAGGCAGAAGCUGCAAGCAUGCAUCACGUGCCCGCUCUGCCACAAACUCCUCCGAGACGCCACCACCAUCUCCCUCUGCCUUCACACUUUUUGCAGGAAGUGCAUAUAUAAGAAGCUUUCAGAUGAUGAGAUGGAUUGUUGUCCAGUAUGUUAUGUUGAUCUCGGAUGCCUUCCACUCCAAAAACUCAGGCCAGACCACAAUUUGCAAGAUAUUAGGGCCAAAAUAUUCCCUUUUAGGCGAAGAAAAAUCGAUGCUCUUCAAGUUGUUUUGCCUGCAAAGAGGAAGGAAAGAUCACUUUCAUCAUUGGUGGUUAAUGCUCCCAAGGUUUCAAAUCAGACUGGCUUCACAGCCAAGAGAACAAAAUCUGGCAUAAGAAAGGCAGCUGAAGAAACAUAUGGUGAAGAUAAUCUGGGUUCUUUUGUAGCUGAGAAGAGGCCCAAUGAAGAUACAGAAAACAGUAUGGAACUUGCAGAAGGGAAGGGUGAUCUCUGGACUCCCUUGAACUGUCUCGUUGAAGCUGCCAAUCGAACAAAGUCCUCCAAAUCAAACUCACAAGGGACUCCUCAUGCCAAGUUAGAGUCUCCAUCAACUGCUUAUGGUGGACUAGACAUGGCUGCAACCACAACCAAAUCAGACCUACCUACUUCAUUGAAGAGUGCAGUUCACAUGGCUAAAACUAAAAUCAAGGAUAAUAGACAUAAAAGGUUUGGAGCUGACAAGGAGGGACAUACCCUGCAUUCAGGACCUGCAGUAAAGCAAAAAAGGCCGCUGCGUCCCGGUCAGGAAAGAGCAGAAGCAUCUGAGACAUCUGCCUCAGAUACAACAGGGAGCAGGUGUGAUGGGAAAAACAGUCCUAUUUGGUUUUCCUUAGUUGCUUCGGAAGACCAGAAGGGAGAUGUUCCUUUGCCACAGAUUUCAGCAUGUUAUUUAAGAAUAAAGGAUGGUACUGUGCCUGUCUCAUUUAUACAAAAGUAUCUUGUGAAGAAACUUAAUCUAACAAAUGAAGCAGAGGUGGAAAUAAUGUGCCGGGGUCAGCCUGUGUUGCCAAAUUUGCAGCUGCAUAACUUAGUAGACUUGUGGUUCUGCUCAGGGUCAACCACAAAGAAGAUGCCGGCAUCUGUUGGCUCCUCGGCUAAGGACUUUGUCAUGGUUUUAUCAUAUUGUCGAAAGGUCGUACCUCAUUGAGAUUAUCAUCCGCCCUACUACAAUGUUGCCUUCCUUCUUUACAUAGACAUUCAACUACUUGAUAAAAAUAUCUGAUAUAUCCAAGCAAAGGAAUAUGUUCUUUGAUUUCUGUUCAGCUCUUAACCCCUUUAGUUUGUUUCCCUCACAAUUUUGCACCUUAUACUCUAUUAUGCUGUUACUUGAAGAGUUUACUCUAUCCUAUCCUCUUUUCUUUUUUUU